AAUAUAAAAGGCUGGCUUUGGAAGAGUUGACAUCUUCCCUCGUUUUUGUCUCACAGGGUUGAUUAAAAGUCUCAUUGUUCAUAAUGCAGUUUUACGGAGUUCUUGUUAUGAUGGUGACUCUGUCUACAGCCUAUGGACUGAAAUGCUACGUAUGUGGUGCUGACAAUAAUUGCCAGCAACAAACUUGUCCUGACAUCUCGGACAGUUGUUCAACCACCACGGUGAAUGGUGUCACCGUCAAGAACUGCGGGGUCCUUGCUUCCUGUCCAAGUCCCAUGAAAUGCUGCAAAGGGGACUUGUGUAACAGUGCCAUACCCACUGGUUCCAGUGUCUUCCUCCUGAUGGUAUCCUCAGCCAUCAUCACACUGUUUCUCUGAGGCAUUCUUCUCUGAGAAUAUCAUGUAGAAAUCUGUGAAUGACUACAGAGAGAAUUGCUCAAUAAAACUACAAUUUG